UCGCGUGUGGUGUGGCUGGUGCAUUCAGCCUGGCGGUGGUGUUUAAACGAUAAUUAACGUCAUAUAAAUUCGGGGGUUUUAUAAAGUCAAUACACAAUUUAUUUGUUCUACGAGCAUGAAAUUUUAUUCACAAGAAGACUGUGCAUUCCCAAAAAACACAAAAAUUAUCAAGAAUAAUGGAAGAAUUCAUUUUUUCGCCUGCCGUCUCUGUGCGUAAAAAACCUGAACAAGUCAUGAUGUCCGAUCGAAAGGCUGAGUUGGAGAGGAAGAAGGCCAAACUGCAGGCCAUUAGGGAGGAGAAGGAACGACGUAGAAGGGAGAAAGAGCAGAAAGAUGUGGAGGAGGCGACAGUAAGGGCAGCUGGAACUGACAAAGAUCAUCGAAAGGAACUGGAUGCUAUGCUGUCUUCGCUCGGAGUAGCUCCUGUCUCCGAUGUUUUAUCUAGUCUCUCGAGUAUGAAUUCUCUUGCAUCAGAUGUGAGUAAUAAUGUCACCCCUGAUGCCAGUAUGCAACCAUCGAGUAUAACUUCAGCACAAAGUAGUUCAGCAAAGAAAAAAUCAAAUCGUGAAUUAACAGUCGUCUCAGUGGCCCACACAAACAUUCCCCCAAAAGAGCCAGUGGUGUACAGUAAGCAGACCCAAACAGCCCAAACAGCCCAAACAUCGCACGACGGACUGUCCGCCUCCUCUUCCGCAAACACCAUCUACUCCUACUGUACGACAACGUCACCAACUCACUCUUGCUCCGCAGGCUACUUUGAGACUGACUGGUGGCGUCCCAGGAAAGGUGGGUCUGCACCAAACUACCUAUCUCAUGCAUUCGACUAUUACGACGAGUACAAUCUAAAUCCUGGUUUAGAGUGGGAGGACGAAUUCACAGCCGAGGAUGAGGAGAACAGUCUUCCUCACAUGGAUGGUUUCCAAAGUAAGCUACCACCGGGUAUUCUACCUCAUGGGCUGCCACAGGUGAAAGAGGUCCAGCCGGCAGUCACUCAGGUCGAACAGCAGUCAAAGGAGGAGAAGCCCAAAGAAGUCCGGGAAUUGAGCGAAGAAGAGAAACAAAUGCUGAUUCUCUCCGAGGACUUUCAAAAAUUCCUGGACAGAACUAGUAGAAUUGUUGAAAGGGCAUUAGCUGAAUCUGUCGAUAUUUAUGCCGACUACACUGGAACGUUGGAUGGAGAUGAAGGAAUGGACGAAAAGAGCCAUCAGCGGCUGUGGCUUAACCGUUCAUUCUAUGACGAGCGUUGGUCCCGCAACCGUUGCGUGACCUCUCUCGACUGGUCACCCCAGUUCCCCGAGCUUCUAGCAGCCUCCUAUCACCACAACGACGAUGCCCCCAACGACCCAGACGGCAUCUGCCUCAUCUGGAACACAAAAUUCAAGAAAACGACCCCUGAAUUCAUCUUCCACUGUCAGUCGCCAGUGAUGUCGACAACAUUCGCUCGUUUCCACCCGAAUUUAAUUCUCGGCGGUACGUACGCAGGGCAGAUAGUCCUCUGGGACAACCGCGUCCAGAAACGCACGCCAAUCCAACGAACUCCCCUGUCAGCGAGUGCUCACACGCACCCAGUCUACUGUCUCAAUGUCGUGGGAACUCAGAACGCCCACAAUCUCAUAAGCAUCUCGACAGACGGCAAAAUGUGCUCCUGGAGUCUGGACAUGCUCUCUCAACCCCAGGAGACCCUGGACCUCCAGGCGAAGCAGUCAAAGCCAAUUGCUGUCACGUGUCUGGCAUUUCCUCAUGGAGACGUGAAUAAUUUCGUAGUCGGAAGUGAGGAUGGCACUGUUUACUCGGCAUGUCGUCAUGGCAUUCGAGCUGGUGUCACUGAGACUUACGAGGGUCACCAGGGCCCAGUUACCUCGGUCAGUGCUCAUGCCGUCCAAGGGGGCAUCGACUUCUCCCACUUGUUCCUCACCUCCUCCAUCGACUGGACUAUUAAGCUCUGGAGUCUCAAAGAGAACAAAGCCCUGCAUUCUUUUGAGCACAAUGGUGAUUAUGUUUACGAUGUCGCCUGGUCACCGACGCAUCCCUCACUUUUCGCAGCUGUUGAUGAUUCAGGGCAUCUGGAUCUGUGGAAUUUGAAUCAGGAUACUGAGGUGCCAACAGCCAGUGUCGUUGUCGAUGGGGCUCCAGCGCUGAAUCGAGUCUCUUGGACACCCAGUGGGCUACAUGUCACCGUUGGAGAUGACUCUGGCAAGAUUUGGGUCUACGAUGUCGCUGAGAAUCUCGCUCAUCCACGGGGGGACGAGUGGAACAAGUUCCUCUACACGCAGCAGGAUUUGAAGAAUAAUAAAGCCGAUGAGGAACUCGAUAAACUCAAUUUGAGUUCUGGGCCCUCGAGUCUCACCUCCAUGUCAUCAAUUUCUUCAGUGCCUAUCAGAUAAAUUGACCGAUUGUUAUUUCAAGUGAGUUUUUACUGGUUUCCCCGGUUUCUAGCGCAAUUCUCAUUCCUCGGGGAUUAUUCGAGCCUGCCGGCAGUAUUAGUUUCAUCCUCCUUUCAAGAUUUCUGUCAAGGUCUUGAGUUUUUAUGAAUUUGUCGAGCCGGUUUUUGCAUCUGUUUUCAAUCUUUUGUUGAUUAUUCGUUUGGAAAAUGUGAGAAGAAUAUGAAUAAUUUUUUAUGCUUAUUGUGUAAAUAAUUGAGAUUAUAUUGAAUUAAAAUUGUCUUUUUUACUCGCUAGCACUGCAUGAUCGAGGUUUCACAAAAUAUUCGCAACUAUAAAUAAUUGUAAAAUAGAUUUUAAAUUUGAAAAGAAGCUAAACCGUUGAACCCAAAUGUUUGUGAGAGUAUCCCUGAUAUAAAAUAUUACUCAUCCCCAGUCUUAUGUUCAACUCCAUGUUUAUUUAUUAAUCAGAAAUGUCCAUGUAAAAAAAUGUAAAAGCCUCAAAAUAAUAAACUCUUUAAUGCAGUA